UGUUCUUGUUUUGCUUCUUUUCCCCUUCUUUUCCUCCGGGCUCUCGGUAGCCUAACCGACCACUAUAAUAACCAAACUGAAACGGAAUUUUUAGUUCAUUUCUAACACAGAAACCUCCCGGCUCCGUGUCGAGCGCUCCUUUUUCCCACACAACACAAACGGUUCACAUUUCUUUCAAAUUGGAGCCGUCUUCGCCGACAUCGAGCGAAGAGGUGCAGCCGAUCCCAGGCCUCCAAUCCAGGACGGAUGGAGGAUAGGAGGUCGCUGGGAAUCGGGAUGGAGACCGGAGAGUGUGCUGGUGGGCCUGGUGGGCCGGAUGGAUCUGGGCUCCCGUUUGGCUGUGCCUCUUUCAACCAAGACUCCACGUCAUUGGCUUUGGGCACAAAGACGGGCUAUAAACUGUUUUCUUUGACCAUGGUGGAAAAACUGGACUGUAUCCAUGAGAGUGCAGAGACUCCAGAUGUUUACAUUGUGGAGCGUCUGUUCUCCAGCAGUCUGGUUGUUGUGGUGAGUACCAACAUGCCACAUUGCAUGAACAUCUACCACUUCAAGAAGGGGACAGAGAUCUGCAACUACAGCUACCCCAACAAGAUCCUGGCUGUCAAGCUCAACAGACAGAGGCUUGUGGUGUGCCUUGAAGAGUCCAUUUAUAUCCACAACAUCAAAGACAUGAAGCUUCUCAAAACUCUGCUCAACACUCCUUCCAAUCCCUCAGGUCUUUGUGCUCUUUCUAUCAACCAUUCCAGCUCGUACCUGUCAUACCCCGGCAGCGCCACUAUUGGGGAGAUCAUAGUGUAUGAUGCUAACCAUUUGAACACAGUGACAAUGAUUCCAGCCCAUGACAGUCCUCUGGCAGCUCUCAACUUCAACGCCUCGGCCACCAAACUUGCCAGUGCCUCAGAGAGGGGCACUGUUAUCCGGGUGUUUUCAAUUCCUGAGGGCCAGCGUCUGUUUGAGUUCCGCCGUGGCAUGAAGAGGUACGUCAAUAUACGCUCUUUAUCCUUCAGCCCUGAUGGCCAGUUCCUCUGUGCAUCCAGCAACACAGAAACAGUACAUAUCUUCAAACUGGAGCAAAUUGGACCCAGUGAAGAGGACGAGGCUGCGACCUGGACAGCCUACGUUGGGAAGAUGUUCUCAGCAGCCAGCAGCUACUUCCCUGCUCAAGUAUCCGGCAUGAUGAGCCAGGACCGAGCCUUUGCCACUGUUCACCUCCUCACAUCCUGCCAGAAGAACGUUUGCACCCUUGCUAUAAUCCAGAAGCUUCUGCGGCUGCUAGUGGCAACAGCUGAUGGACAGCUGUUCAUCUAUAAUGUGGAUCCACUGGAUGGAGGCGAGUGCGUGUUGGCGCACAAACACAGGCUUUUUGGCGAUGAUGAUGAUGAUGAUGACGAUAAUGAUGACCACAAUGAAGGAACAGGGAUAGAAGGGUCAGAGGUCACAGUGCCAACACAGGCCUUUCCGUCCUACGCUGCGACUGCUGCCUUACCUGCCUCUGGUCCUGUCACCGCUACCCUCACUGGGUACUCUGAAGAUGGUGGGGCAAAGAAAGGUGAAGUCAUUCCAGAACACGAGUUUGCUGCUGGACCUGUGUGUCUGGACGACGAGAACGAGUUUCCUCCUAUUAAUUGGUGCCGCGAUGGGACUGGAGAUGGCAAGGCGCGGCGCUCGUGAUUGGGUGAAAAGACAGAUGGACUAAGAGACAGACAGGUGCUGAUAAAUGAGAUGAACAGCAAAAAAAAAAAAAAAAAAGUUUCCUAAAGUAUCUUGGAGUGCCAAGUAAUUUAUUAAUUUAGAAAGAAAAUACAUUGAUGAACUUUCAAGUUGGCAUGGGAUACACUGAGCAAAACAUGGAUUGCCCUUUAUUUUCAGAGAGAAGAACAAUCUGAACAAUCCUCAAGAUGAAUAAUGACAGUGUUUAAAGGUACAUUUCUGAUUUUGUCAAAGCACCAGCAGUACAUCUGAAUCUCCCCUGAUCUAACUGUUGAGUUUAAAAAUAUCAAAUGAACUGUUAGGACAUUUCAGAACAUGUACAGUUGGCUGCUAAAAAUAAAUGAGGGAGUUUAUCUUUAAGCUUGGUCAAAGUGCAUGCUGGAGCAGAAACAUAACCACAAUAUUUAUAGCUUUAUUACUUGAAACAUAUUUUAUAUGAGUUGCAUUGUCAUAGCAACAUUUGAUUUCUCUCAGCAUUAAUAACUUAGUUUACAUACAAAAAAAAAUGGGAAGUCUUUUGUAUUUAACUGUAUUGUCAUGUUUUACAUGUUGUGUGUAUGCCUCAUGGAUAUAUUUCAUAUGUAUGUAGUGUAUUAUAUUGUGCCCAUUAUGAUUUGUAGUUAAAUAUUUUGCUAAUAGCACAAGACCAAAACAAAUGAAAGAAAAUAAACUAAUACUGUGGAUUAAGAGUGAACCUAUGCAAAAUACAGAUUUUGACUUGUU